UGUGCUCGCGCCCCUAGCGCGCCAGUCCCCGGGCUGCAGGGAGCGCAGCGCGCGCGGCCCGGGCCCCGGCCACCGGACGCUCUACCGGACACGACCCUCUCUGGAGCUUGGACAGCUGCCCACCUUGGACUCUGCACCGGACACUGCCCCCCACAGGGCUGGACACUACAACGGACACUACUUCCCAGCUCCGGACAUUGCUCCAUCUUUCCCCCUGGGUUCUGGACGCUUUUCCCCCUCCCCCUUCGGGGGCCCAGACACUGAGCCCCCCGCAGGCUCUAGCUAACAGCCCCUUGUACCCUAGCGCCAGACACUGCCUCCUCCCGGUUCCCUUCUCCCUUCCCCUCCACCCGCCUCAUCUUUCCCCCGGUUCGGGUCGGAGCACCGCCAGUUUUACGACCCCCUGCAGCUCGGCCGCCGGCUGCCGGCUCUCCCAUCCCCCGGCUGCUCGCCCGGAUGCCUCUCCCCGGGGGAUUGUGGUGGCUCCUCUGCUGCCGUCGAGGCUUUACUCUUCUGCACCGGGAAUACGGGACUCCCAGCGGGCGGCGAGAGGCGCUGGGCCUAGAUGCGGGAGCUCCCACCUCGGGGACCUGGGCAAGGGGUGACCGCCUCCUCAGAUUAGGGUCCGUGGCGGGGACCCCCCGGAGAGGGAACUGGGGGCCAGAACUCUUCGAGGAACCUUCGGCAUUAACCUCAGGACAGAACCCUCGGCCCGCCCUGGUGAGCCUCCUUGGGAAUCCGGAGGGGAUGGGCCCCUUGGACGUGACGCUGACUCAGCCGGUGAGGAGCGGGCCGAUCUCAGACAGGCUGCAGAGCUGGGAGGAGACGCGGAGCCUCAUCCCGGAGAAGGGGCCGCUGGAGGACGACGCGGAUGUUGUGGUGAAAGGUUGGUUGUACCGCGAGCCCCGCGGACGAGGGCCUCGGCCCUGGUUGCCCCCGCGCCGGGCCUGGUUCGUGCUCACCCGGGACUCCCUGGACCAGUUCAGCAGCAGCGGGAAGGGGGCGCGGCGCCUCGGGAGCCUCGUGCUCACCAGUCUGUGCUCAGUGACCGGCCCGGAGCGCAGGCCCAAGGAGACGGGUCUGUGGUUAGUGACCGUGUCUGGCCGGAAGCAUAGUGUCCGGCUCUGCUCCCCGCGUCAGGCCGAAGCUGAGCGCUGGGGGGUGGCGCUGCGAGAAGUGAUCGCCUCCAAGGCGCCGCUGGAGACCCCCACCCAGCUGCUGCUCAGGGACAUUCAGGAGAGUUGCGGGGAUCCAGAGGCCGUGGCCCUCAUUUACCGCCGGAACCCUAUUCUGAGGCACACCAGUGGGGCCCUGUAUGCCCCACUUCUGCCCCUGCCCUAUGGAGUCAGCGCCCCAGGUCCUGGCUACGCACCCUUGCGUGAGGAGGCGGUCCGGCUGUUCCUGGCGCUGCAGGCCCUGGAGGGGGCGCGGCGCCCCGGGCCCCUGAUGCAGGGUGUACUCCAGACCUGCCGGGACCUGCCCGCGCUUCGCGACGAACUCUUUCUGCAGUUGGCUAAGCAGACCUCGGGCCCCGCGGGUCCCCCCGGGCUCCCGGCUACCCAAGACCCCGCGGCCCUACGGUACUGGCAGCUCCUCACCUGCAUGAGUUGUACCUUCCGGCCCGGCGGAGCUGUUCGUGGGCAUCUCCUGGGACAUCUGGAGAGGACGGAGCAGGCGCUCCCGGACUCGGAGCUGGCGGAAUAUGCGCGCUUCAUCCGCAGAGCGCUGGGCCGGACACGCGGCCGAGAGCUGGUGCCCUCGCUGGCAGAGAUUUCCGCGCUGAGCCGACGGCAAGAGCUGCUGUGCACCGUGCACUGCCCGGGGGCUGGUGCCUGCCCGGUGGCCAUAGACUCCCACACCACGGCGGCGGAGGUUGCUCGGGAGCUGGUGGGGAGGCUGGGCUUGGCCCGAAGCCGCAACGCUUUCGCGCUGUACCAGCAGCGAGGGGCCCAGGAGCGAGCCCUGGCUGGGGGGACUCUCAUGGCCGACGUGCUCACCAGGUUUGAGAAUUUGGCGGCGGAGGAAGCCACGGCGCUGGAAGACUCGCCGGACGCGGGUUGGAGACUGUGUCUGCGUCUGCACGGACCUCUGCGCCCCGAGGGGCUGUCCCCGGACGGUCACGAGCUGCCUUUCCUCUUUGAGCAGGCUCACGCCCUGCUGCUGCGCGGCCGGCCUCCCCCGCCCGAGGACACGCUGCGCGCCCUGGCGGCGCUGCGCCUGCAGAGCCUGCACCGGGACUUCUCCCCGAGGGCGCCCCUGCCGCGCCUGGACCGCUUGCUGCCGCCCCCGACCCCGCCGCGGGAAGACCCUCCCCGCCCGAUCCCCAGGCCUCCCCCCUCCGCCGCCCUGCUGGCCGGGGCAAUCUGGAGCUCGGGCCUGGCCAAGAGGCGAGCGGAGCGGGCCCGGCGCAUUGGGGCCGGCCGCCCGGCGGGAAGCGUGGUCCGAGAGGGAGGAGGUGGCGCUGGCAUGGCGGCUGCCGUGCUGGGCGGCUGGAAGCGGCUCCGGGGCAUGGGCCGAGCUGAGGCCAUGGCUGCCUACCUGGCUCUGGCGGCGCAGUGUCCAGGGUUCGGCGCUGCUCGGUAUGAAGUUCUGGAGCUGAGCACGGAGCCUGGUGGGGGUGCUCCACAGAAGCUAUGCCUGGGCCUGGGAGCCAAGGCCAUGUCCCUCUCCCGACCCGGUGAGACAGAGCCUAUCCACAGCGUCAGCUAUGGUCAUGUGGCCGCCUGCCAGCUGAUGGGCCCCCAUACCCUGGCCUUGAGGGUGGGAGAGAGCCAGCUCCUCCUGCAGAGUCCCCAGGUGGAAGAGAUCAUGCAGCUGGUGAAUGCCUACUUGGCUAACCCCUCCCCUGAGAGGCCCUGCAGCAGUCCUUCUUCUUCAUGCCAAGACCUGCCAGACAGCUCCUCUCCCAGCCAGCACCCGGGCCUGGACGAGCCCCAGGGACACUCUGGCUGUUUGGGGCAGCUGCCGAAGUGAGCCUGCCAAGAGGUCACGACCUCCCUUCCAUCUCCAGCCUGGAUCUGGACUGCUCUGAGAUUUGAGGGAACGAUGGACCCUUUUAGCCCUGCGGGGACAGGGCAUACCCCACACCCAAGGGCAGCCAUGGGUGCAGACAAUUUUCUAGUUUGUUUCUUAAUUUAUUUGUAGAAGAGAAGCAAAAAAAAAAAAAAAAUCCUUAUUUACACAAA